UCCCGCCGGAGUCCCGCCCUCCUUCCGUCCCGCGUUCGCCCCCUCCUGCUGCGGCGGCGAGCCGAGCCCAGGCGAAGAUGGCGAAGACUUACGACUAUCUGUUCAAGCUGCUGCUGAUCGGGGACUCGGGCGUGGGCAAGACCUGCCUGCUCUUCCGCUUCAGCGAGGACGCCUUCAACACCACGUUCAUCUCCACCAUCGGAAUCGACUUUAAAAUCAGAACAAUAGAAUUAGAUGGAAAGAAAAUCAAGCUACAAAUAUGGGACACAGCAGGCCAGGAGAGAUUCCGCACAAUCACCACAGCUUACUACAGAGGAGCCAUGGGAAUUAUGCUGGUGUAUGACAUCACAAAUGAAAAGUCUUUUGACAACAUAAAAAAUUGGAUAAGAAACAUAGAAGAGCAUGCCUCUUCAGAUGUAGAAAGAAUGAUCUUGGGUAACAAAUGUGAUAUGAAUGAAAAAAGACAAGUCUCAAAAGAAAAAGGGGAGAAGUUAGCAAUUGAUUACGGAAUCAAAUUUUUGGAGACAAGUGCAAAAUCCAGCAUAAAUGUGGAAGAGGCGUUUUUCACACUUGCACGAGACAUUAUGACAAAGCUCAACAGAAAAAUGAAUGACAACAGUUCAUCGGGGGCAGGUGGGCCAGUAAAAAUAACAGAAAAUCGAUCUAAGAAGAGCAGCUUCUUUCGAUGCACGCUACUUUGAUGAACUUCUAAUGAUAAGACUGCAGCACACUUAGAACCUUUUCUGCUUCUUUGAAAGCACAGGGUCACAAAGCCUCAGAAAUAAUACCACCAAGCUGCUGCUGAGAGCUCCAUUGAACGUAGACUGCGAUACACAAAUACCAAGUGGAUUUUGCUCACUAAGCCUAUUGACCUGUCAGGCUCUUCUUUCUCAGAUAUGGAAGCUAUGAAGUGGAGACACAAAUGCAAGAUUUAACUUGUUUUCCUUUUUUACUUUCUGUUUUAUUGCCUGUUGCAAAAGCUGCUAUGUUUCUUUUAACUUUGCACAUCCAUAUUGGCCUCUUACUGCCUGUUACAGCACAAUCUUACAUUUGUAUUUGCACAGUUUGACUUGUAAGUAAGAUUCUUAACAGAUUUGUGCACAGUUUUAUUUCUCUUUUUAAACAAAUUUAUUUUCAAGCAGAAGAGCCAGGGGAAAAAUUGUCUCAUUUCCAUUAUUUUCUAUGCUGUAUACUCGUGGCCAUGCAGUAUGGAUGUUGUUGCUCUAGUGAUGAGAAUUACUGUAACAAUUGGCAUUUAACAAAUUUGUCCAGAUUUUGUCUCUUAGAUGCACAAAUCUGUUUAUGCAGAAGCUGUGGCUUCUAUUGUGAAUGUAGUAUGCUUUUCUUUCUUUACCAGACUUAGCAAAGUUGUGUUCUGAAUUGCCAGUCACUGUCUGAUUCACAGAUGCACCUUUCAGUUAUUUGAAUAAACACAGUGUCUUUCCUCACCUAACUUCCCUUUGUUAGCUCAGACUGUCUGCUCCUUUUUUUGUUUCUGAUGAGGAAGCACACUCUGGAUUUGAAAUCAUCACCACAAAUUGGCCUCAUCACUAUCACUUAAGUGGCUUGUGGAAGCUGAAUGCAUGAGUUUUGAGUAACCACUUUGUGGAUUCACUUGUUCAGAAAUGACUGCUUCUAAAGGUGACUUCCAUUUCUACUCUUAAUUCUAAGGAUAGUUUGUUAAUGUCUGUAAGCAUUGGUACUGAGGAAGCCUCUCAUUAGGGCUAUAAUGUACUCCUAGUUUGCAGUUAAUGCUGAAUGUGUGUCUUUGGUCUGCUCGAGCAGUUGUUUUUUCAUCACAAACUGGUACAGUGACCUAGACUGUUAGAAGCAGAGGUGAAACAUAGUUGCCUUUUUUUACUCAACCGAGCAUUGUAUAACCUAGUCUUUGUUCUACUACUUUUUUAUUGUCUUCUGAAAAAAUUUCCUCAAUGAGCAAUUAAAACAGGUGCUUUAGUUCUGUUGGUGUGCCAAACGUGGACCAUUGUAAGCUUUAACUCCAAGUUUGUGUCCAGCAUGUUUGCUGUCAGGGGAUGGGCGUGUUCUGUCAUUGUCAAAGGAAAUGUCUGACAUGCUUUUGCUUCACUUCUUGUCUGGAGUUGUAAACAGUGAGGUAGUUGUUAGCAGAGAACCGUUUUGUUGUGUCAGGUACUGAAUUUGUCAUCUCUGGGUCUGUUUGAAAUAGUUUGAAAGCAAGCAGGCCAAUAGCAUUAGAUGUAAAGCUUUUGAUUUUAAAGGGUUUAUCCUUAGUAGCUGGUUCCAUAAAGUUUUAGGUGGUUAUCAGCCUGUCCCCACACGUAGUUUAAUAGAAGUAGUUCUUGUAACUAGAUGGUGGAUCUCAUAAACUGCUGUUGCUGCACUAGAACAGAGAAACCUUCAUGGCAACAAGGUUUAGUGAAAAAACAAAGCAACCCUAACUGCUCUGUUGUCUACCCUUGAUGUUUUUCUUGGACAGGCUAAAGCAGUUAUGUUUUCUGUAUGGUUAAAAAAAGUGCUUCUAUACAGAAAGUGUUGUGACACCAAUUAUGAAUGUUGUUUAUUUUCAGUAAUUUACCUCUGACUUACUUGGUGUCGUAAUACUUUGAUUUUUAUCUCAGGGGUUGUCUGCAAACCAAAACUGACAUGUUCUGUGUUUGGCACUGUUUACAGAAUGCUUUGUAUUGUUUUUCCUGUCUUCACUGUGUGGUUAAAUGUUCAUUCAAUAUUAGUCUCCAUGAACUUCCCUUUGAAAGAGCCUGUAAGUAGUAGAGUCUAUGAAGUGCUUCUUGAAGCAGCAGCGAAUUGGGGUAUCUGCUCUGUAUGGGGGAGGGUG